AUGAAGAGGAUUCGGAUGGAUUUCAGCGAUCGAAAGCAUUUACAUUACCGUAAUCCUCGACGCGACGAUCUCCUUGCCACGAUUUGCUCGAAAGUCUGCAGAGAGUACGGAACAACGCUUGCGUUCAAGAAAUCGCUGGAUCAGCGAAAGUAUUUGAAAGCAGCAAAAGCGAUUCUCGUCUCUCAUCUCAAAGACGAAGAGGAGUUGCAGAAAAAAAUCUUUCAAAAGUUCACGAAACGACUCACGAAAUUGAGAGAUCUUUGUGAAUCAGAGGAAGCAUUUGAUCGAGGCGCAAAUCUGCUUGUCCGCCAACUGGACCACGCCGUCUCUACGCAAACGAAUAAAGCCUCUCCGGUGAUGCAAGAGUUCCCCGUGCUUCGUUUGGAGAAACCAUUUCAGAAACAAAUUUGGCACGCUCAGUUCAGCGAAUUCGAUCGAAUGAUGCUCGUUUCGAACAUUGUCGAUUUGACAAAAACCCCCAAAAUGGGUCGGGAUUUGGCAUGGAAAAGCAUUCGAUGUGCGGAGAAUGCGGCUUUUAGUUUGGCAAGGGAUCGGAACGACUACAAGCUUCGCCUCAAGCGCUCCAUCUCGCGGAUUCACGAAGAAAUGCUA